GCCGCCAUGGCCGUGCAGUACUGCGGCCUGUGCCGCCGCACGGCCUUCUGCGGCCGCCGGCACCGCUACAGCGCGGCGCACCGCCGGCGGCUGCGGGACGCGCUGGCGCGGCUGCACGGGGAGGUGGCGGCGGCGCGGGCGGCGGCGCGGGCUGCGGCGGAGGACGGCGACGGCGCCGUGCGGCCCUACGACCCGGCGGAGCACGAGCGGCGCGUGUGGUGCCUGUGCUGCGGGCGCGGCGUGCGGCGGGACGGGCGGCGCGGCGGGCUGGCGCUGCCGCGGGCCGGGCUGCUGCAGCACCUGGCCGGGCCCGAGCACCGCAGGGAGACGGCGCGGUUCUGGCGGCAGAACCGGGCAGAUGCGGCGCUGCCGCAGGAGCAGUUCGUGGUGCCUGCCGAGGAGUACGAGCGCUUCGCGCGGGCGCUGGAGCGGGCGCUGGCCGCGCAGCAGCGGCGGGACGAGGAGCGCAUCCGCCAGAUGGCGGCCGGCAUCCGGGAAGCCGAGCGCAGGCAGCGGGAGACGGUAGAGGCCGCGCUGCAGCUUCAGGCAGAGACAGAGCUGUGUGCAGGACCUUCUGUCUGCAGCCCUGCAGCAGGACUUAGAAGGGACUCCUGUCAGGACACAGAGCAACCUGGCCCCAGCAGGACUGACUUAAACUGGAUGGAACCAGACCAGGCUUUGACCUUUAUUGGCCACCAGGAAACAGAAGGGAAGGGCAAUGUUCACACAGGAGCAAAACCUCCAUGGCUAACAGAGGAGGAGGAAGAAGACAGACACAAACAACAGAUUGGACCAUCGUAUGAGGAAUUCCUCAGACAAAAGGAGAAACAGAAGCUGAAAAAGCUGCCGGCAGAGCGCGUGGGUGCCAACUUUGACCAUACCUCCCAGACCGGUGAGAGCUGGCUGCCAUCCUUCGGGCGCGUGUGGAACCACGGCCGGCGCUGGCAGUCCCGGCAUCAGUUUAGGACUGAAUCGGGGGAAAAGAAGAAAAACAGGUGAUCAGAAGAGGAACAUUAACUGAGGUCUGACUCAGGGAAAGGUGGAUAGAAUGGGGCUGCAGCUCUGUCGGUGGUGCUGCCGCAUUUAGUGCUCGUUUAAAGUGUGCAUCCCGCUGUUUUCAGUCCCCUGGAAGGCAGGGUGACCACAGCCUAGUACACAGUUGAGCAUUAUUACUAAAUGCUACCCUGCUAGGGGGUGCCACUGUUCCACUCUCCCUGGAACAGACACAUAGUGUACACCUGGGCAGCCCCUUCUGAAGUGUUAAGCUACACAGAGGCAGAGCCUGCCUGCAGGAAGUGUCUCCUGCCUGUGCCCCAUGGUCACCAACAGGAUGCCUGGCUCACACAGCAUGUGCUGCCAGUGUCCCAUGACUUCCAAUAAAGAAAGAAGCUUUUGUUGUUAAAGUUACCUGUGUUACUAGAUCAAUUGAAACUCAUUUCAGAUGCAGGGCCCACUCUGUACCUGCUGCUCUAAGUCUAGUUUAUGUUACCUUAACUGCUGCCUCAUUUAACGGACAACUAAUUAGUCCUCAGUAGAAGAGAGGACACCUUGAAGUCCUUUGCUGUGAGCAGUUCUUGCUUUUAGCAUUAAUAAAAUACUUGUAGCCUUAUGAA